AUGGCGCCUACCGCAACCCAAGAUCCAGUGGCAGUGGCGGUGCCUGCCUCGAAAGCAGCCAAGCAUGGCUACGUCCACCCGACCGACAUGCUUCCGUCCGGCUGGCCAACGGCUACCGAUCUGUCCGGAGGUGCACAGCCGCGCCGAUUCGAAGGCACCAUCUUCGACGUCAUGGUGCGCGGUACGAUCCCCAAGGAGCUGUACGGUACGUUUUACCGUAUCAUGCCCGACUACGCCGAGGCGCCGACGUACUACAAGGGAGGCGAGCUCAAUGCGCCCAUUGACGGCGAUGGCACCGUGGCGGCGUUCCGGUUCAAGGACGGCAAGGUCGACUACCGCCAGCGAUUCGUCGAGACCGAUCGAUUCAAGGUGGAACGUCGUGCGAGGAAGAGCAUGUACGGUCUGUACCGCAACCCAUACACGCACCAUCCGUGUGUGAGGCAGACAGUCGACUCGACGGCCAACACCAACGUCGUCAUGCACGCCGGAAGGUUCCUAGCCAUGAAGGAGAACGGCAACGCAUACGAGCUCGACCCGCACACACUCCAGACGCUCGGCUACAACCCAUUCAAGCUGCCCUCCAAGACAAUGACGGCGCACCCCAAGCAGUGUUCGGUGACGGGCAACCUGGUAGGCUUCGGAUACGAGGCCAAAGGAUUGGCCACCAAAGAUGUCUAUUACUUUGAGGUGGAUCCGUCCGGUAAAGUGGUGCACGAGCUCUGGCUGGAAGCUCCGUGGUGUGCGUUUAUCCACGACUGCGCGCUGACACCCAACUACCUCGUGCUGAUGCUUUGGCCAUUCGAGGCCAACCUCGAUAGGAUGAAGGCGGGCGGUCACCACUGGGCGUACGACUACGACAAGCCGAUCACUUGGAUCACGAUCCCUCGCGGUGCCAAGAGCAAAGACCAAGUCAAGUGCUGGUACUGGAAGAACGGCAUGCCCAUCCACACAGCUUCCGGAUUCGAGGAUGACCAAGGUCGCAUCAUCAUUGAUUCGUCACUGGUGCACGGCAAUGCGUUCCCCUUUUUCCCGCCCGACUCGGCCGAGCAGAGGCAGAAACAGCAAUCUGACGGAACGCCUAAAGCUCAAUUUGUGCGAUGGACCAUCGAUCCGCGCAAUGAUAGCAAUGAGCGUCUGCCCGAUCCCGAGGUGAUUCUCGACACGCCUUCCGAGUUCCCGCAGAUCGACAACCGUUUCAUGGGCGUCGAGUACUCGAGCGCGUUUAUCAACGUCUUUGUACCCGACCGCAGCGAUGGCAACAAGAACGUCUUCCAGGGCCUCAACGGUCUUGCGCACUACCGACGUAAACAAGGCACUACCGAAUGGUACUAUGCCGGCGACAAUUGCCUGAUUCAAGAACCCGUCUUCAGCCCGCGCUCCGCCGACGCACCCGAAGGCGACGGCUUUGUGCUCGCGAUUGUCGACCGUCUCGAUUUGAACCGCAGCGAGGUGGUCAUCAUCGACACCAGAGACUUUACCACCGCGAUUGCCGCUGUUCAACUCCCCUUCGCUAUCCGUUCCGGCAUCCACGGCCAGUGGAUCCCCGGCCAGGUCACCCCCGACUUUGACUCAAGAGGCCUCAUCGACCUGCCAAAGCAACAACACUGGGCUCCGCCUUCUCAAAGCGCCUUUGAUCCGAACAUGUAA